UUUCCCUGUGCCCUCACCAGGGUUCCAGACUUCUAGGACCCUUAGAUCUUAACUUCAAAGAUAAAGACAGCAUUUUUUCUGACCUCUCCAUGAAAAAUCUCCAUAUUACAUCAGAGAAGACUGUGAGUCCAUAUCUGAAUUAGUCACUCUGGAUUGAGGGAUCAGAAACAGCGUCAGCUUUGCAUCACUUGGACCAAACAGGAUUAGAGAAAAAAAAAUCUGAAGAGUUGGCCUCCAAAGAAGUGCUGCACGUAUCCACCAAAUUUUAAAAAUUAACAGUAGUUAAGUUGAAUAAUGGGACUAUGGUUGUCUUUGUCCUAAAUACUGGUCCCAUUUUUCUUGGCAUGUAUUACUUUAUAAGUUGGGGGGUGAGGGUAUAAAAAUAAUUUUCGUAAGUCUGUUUUAACCUUGCGCCCCAAAAGAUACAGGAUGCUAACACAAAACAUGUAAAAUAAAGAGAUAAAGAAGCAAAUGAGACAAGGGGAAUAGGAGAUUGAGAAGCAAGAGCCAAGGAGGAGUUCCUUGAUAUUUGCCAGAAAUAGGACACCUAGAUACAAGAAAAACCUUUUCCUCAAUUUGGGAGGGAAAAGGAUCUGUGACUCUUAAGGAGCCAGGGGAGGAGGAGGUUCUGAGGAUUCCUGGUUUUCAAGGUGGUGGCCACAGUCCAUCCCAAUAUCUGAUCACCUUCCAAAGACACUGUCACAGAGCCUCCAGUCUGAACCCAUUGCUUCUACUGGGAGAGCAGCUCUCACCACCAACAGACAGGGGCCUUCAUUCUCUGUGUGAUCCUCGCUCUCUUUCUCUCUCUCUCUCUCCCAGCUUACAGUGACCCCCAAGGCUUGCCUUCAACCCAAAGAUUACAAAAUUUCUCCCGGGAAAGCCAAUGUCCACGAUACCCUUGAGAUACCCUUAUUUCUGAGACUUUCCCAGGCUGGGAUUAGCUCCACACAGAAACACUUGGGUUUGGUUUUUAUCUGUUUGCAUCUCCCCUGCUCACCAGGGUCCCAUGCAGCCAGGGCUACAAAUGAGGUGACCGUUCCUGAUCAAAUGUAGCAGACCCUUUCCCCAAAGCCUGGUGAUUGCUCCCACAUUUGAGAAAACAAACCCAACUUUCCAGGGUUAGGUGGCUGGCUUUCUCUGCCCUUUGAGCCUGCCACAUCAUGUUUAGACAAUCGGGCCCUUUAGGGGUCCUUCUGCCUCCCACAGCCAAGAUAAACUCCAGAUUUCGGGAAGUCCAACAAGACACCACAAGUGGGGGUAGACGGCAUGUUCGGUUUGGGUAUGUGGGUUUGGUUUUUGUUUUUGUUUCAAUUAACUCUUGGUUACCUCCCUCUACACAGACAGCUACAGACAGUUCUUCUAAUUCCUCCCAGAAGAGGGAACAACCUACUCGGACAAUCUCCUCUCCCACAUCCUGUGAGCACCGGAGGAUUUAUACCCUGGGCCACCUCCAUGACUCAUACCCCACGGACCACUAUCACCUCGAACAGCCGAUGCCGAGGCCCUACCGCCAGGUGAGCUUCCCCGACGACGACGAGGAGAUCGUGCGCAUCAACCCGAGGGAGAAGAUCUGGCUGACGGGCUACGAGGACUACCGGCACGCGCCCGUGAGGGGCAAGUCCCCGGACACGUCGGAGGACGCCGACUCGUACGUGCGCUUCGCCAAGGGCGAGGUCCCCAAGCACGACUACAAUUACCCCUACGUGGACUCCGCGGACUUUGGCCUCGGCGAGGACCCCAAAGGGCGCGGGGGCAGCGUCAUCAAGACCCAGCCGUCCCGGGGCAAGUCCCGGCGGCGGAAGGAGGACGGCGAGCGCUCCCGAUGCGAGUACUGCAGGGACAUGUUCAACCACGAGGAGAACCGGAGGGGCCACUGUCAGGACGCGCCCGACUCCGUGAGAACUUGCAUCCGCCGCGUGAGCUGUAUGUGGUGUGCGGACAGCAUGCUCUAUCACUGUAUGUCGGACCCCGAGGGAGACUAUACAGACCCGUGCUCGUGCGAUACUAGCGACGAGAAGUUUUGCCUCCGGUGGAUGGCUCUUAUUGCCUUGUCUUUCCUGGCCCCCUGUAUGUGCUGUUACCUGCCCCUUCGGGCCUGCUACCACUGCGGAGUGCUGUGCAGGUGCUGCGGCGGGAAGCACAAAGCGGCCGUGUGACUCGGUUUCCCUCCUUCCCCUCCUCCUCCUCCCCCCACAGCCACAAGGGAACUUGUUGUCUCCGACAUACUCUCACCUUCUUCCCCGCUCCCUGGUACCUUGAGGAGCUAUUCCAGCCUGGGGAGCCUGCCUGGUGGACUCUGCACUUCCCCCAGCCACCCACUCUGCAUCAGACACACACCCAGACACACACGCACGCACACAGUGUUCGAAGGACAGGAACCUCCGCACAGACACUCGGGUAUUAUUAACAAUCUGUAAUCAAUCUGUCUUAUA